CGCCUCCGCUGCGACCGCGUUUUGCUACCAACUUUCAUCCUCUCGCUUCCUUUCUUGACGUCUCUCGGUCUCUGAUAUACCUUUGCGACGAUCCCAAGGAACAUUUGGCAUGAGCGCGAAGGAUAGCGAGCCUGCAGUCGACCCGGGCGCGGUGCACGACGAGGAGGCACCGGGCCCCGCGAUUUCGGUCCCCGAAUCCAACGAUACGGGCGAGGGCGGGAAGCUGAAGAUGAUCAUGCAGCUGGUGAAGAAGUGCUUUGGUGUGAAGGACAUCGCGGCUAUGCGGUUGUCGCUCCCGGCCUCUCUGCUCGAACCCAUACCGAAUCUUGAGUACUGGCACUACCUGGAUAGACCAGAUGUGUUUGCAUCCAUCAAUGAUUCGGAGGAUCCGUUCGAGCGCAUGCUGGCCGUCGUCAAGUUCACCUUCACGAAGGACCUGAAGUUUGUGCACGGCAAGAUCUGCAAGCCAUACAACUCCGUGCUCGGCGAGCACUUCCGCGCACAUUGGGAUGUGGUCCCCGCUGCGAACGAUUUCGUUACGUCCUCAGCACGCGCGGCCGAUCAGGCGUCCCUCGCGCCCGAGACCGCCAGCAUCCGCUCUGGCAAGAGCUCCAAGAGCACCCGAAGCGGGCUUAGCCUGCUCUCCAAACCAGGCAAGAGCCCCUCCACGGCCCCUACCUCGGUGGAGGCGCAGAUGUCGGACCUCAGCUUGGAGGAGCAGCGUACACGUAUCGUAUUCCUCACGGAACAGGUUAGCCACCAUCCGCCGGUGUCGUCGUAUUACGCUGCGUGCCCGGAUAGACAUAUAGAGAUGUAUGGGACGGACCAGAUAUCUGCGAAGGUCUCCGGCACCACCGUACGCGUCCUGCCUGGGCAGCAUAACAAGGGCAUCUACAUCAAGCUCACCGGCGGGCCCGGAGCUGGCGAGGAGUACCGCAUCACGCACCCGUCAGCAUCGGUCAAUGGCGUCCUCCGCGGCAACUUCUACGCGACCAUGACUGAGUCGACCAUCAUCACUUGCGACGGGGCCAAGCCUGGUCUGCCCAAAUUCCGCACUAUCAUUGAAUACAAGGAAGAGUCAUGGCUCGGCCGGCCACACUUCCUCGUCGAGGGCGUCAUCCACACCGUGCACGACGGCGAUGAGCCGUGGACGAAGGUCAAGGCCGUCCCGCAUAACCGUGUCGUCGCUAUCUUCGAUGGUUCAUGGCGGGGCAAGAUUCGCUGGCGACGUGUUGGCGCAGGCUCCUUCACCGUUCCUGCCUCUGCAAGUGCGUCGCGCACAAGCUUGGCGCCGAGCGUCACGGCGGGUGGCAAGUCUGCCAUGUCGUCCGUCGCGGACUUCUCGAAGAGCGACAACAGCGAGUACGAGGAUCUCAUCGACCUCGCUGCGUUGCAGAUACUGCCAAAGUCGGUGAGGCCCUUGGAGGAGAUGGACGAGUACGAGAGCCGCAAGUUGUGGGGGAAGGUGACGGAGCACUUGACGAACAAGGAGUACUCGGAGGCGACGCGGGAGAAGAUAGAGAUCGAGCAGCGACAGCGGGAUCUGGCGAGCGAGCGGAAGAAGAAGGGCGAGGAGUUUGUUCCCAAGUACUUUGACAAGGACAUCAGCACCGGAUACGCUACGCUCACUGACGCCGGCAAGAAGGUGGUCGAGGAGAUCAUGAAGGACGCACCGGGGAAGGACGCUAAGCCUUCAGAACAGGCCAAGGAGGACGACAAGGAGGGGAAGGACCCUGCACCGGAAGACACGCCGGAAGCAGCGAAGGCUCCCCUCCCAGCAUAGUUCUCUUCUUACGCUCCCUCUAGUCCUCUUGCUCUCCGAUCGCGGCGCCCUCUCUCGUCGCUUCCCUCUCAUAUCGCGCGCUCUUCAGUGCUCCCUGUAUAUCACCACCACAAGCCUAGCCCGCUAUUAGAAGCGCUCAUGACCACGAAACGACAAUAUCCCCAUCACCUAUGUACACAACAACCUUGCUUUGGAUUACUUACGCGUUGGAUAAUCAGUAGGACUGUAUAUAGUAGUUGCUGGCUAGCUCCUUAGCAUGCUGGGGCUGAACUCGGAUGACAAGACGUUCUCUUUC